AAUAUGAAGCACUUAGAUGGUCGCAAUAUUAAUUACGUGCAAUAAAAACGAUAUUAUAACCUACGUGUUUUUAAAUCAGUGUACGUUGAGUGAUAAUCGCAUACACUGAUUCAAUUGAACAUCUUAAAGUGAAUAAAUAAAGCGAUACUAUCCAACAAUAUGAAUGAUGAAAAUAAGCAUUAUCAUUAUGGCAUCAAAUCAACUUUAGCUCAGUGUUGGGCAAUAUCAGGAGUAUGGUUCUUGCAAAUCGAACUCGGUGCACAAGUCAUGAUAUCCACUAUUGUUAUUGGGGCCUUAGAGAAUAACACAGCAACCAAAGACCCCAAAGAAUUUUUGAGUAUAACAAGUGAAGAAGCAUCUUGGUUCGCUAGUCUGUUAUAUUUGUUCACACCUGUGGGAAAUAUUCUAUCGUUGCUUCUACUGGACCGUCUUGGUCACAAGAAGUGCAUGAUACUGACAAACAUGCCAAGCAUAGUAGCUCAGAUCAUGUUGUACUUCGCCGAAAACGUAGAAAUGCUGUACGCCAGCUCAAUCCUGAUGGCGUUGGCUCUAGGGUUUUCGAACGCCCCGACUCUUGCGUACGCCGGUGAAGUAUGCGAGCCAAAACUAAGAGGCGCAUUGACUUCGGCACUGAACAUAUUUUACUAUGGUGGAUCCAUCAUUUUGACACUGGUGUACAGUGUAACCAAGCAAUGGAGAUUGACAGUGUUAGUGACUACGGUGUUUCCGAUUCUGACCAUUGCCAUAUUAUUAACGACACCAGAUUCUCCGAUGUGGUUAUUGGCCAAGGGAAAACAUUCAAAAGCACACCGAAAUCUUAGUAGAUUGAGGGGAAAAGUUUCGUACGAAAAAUGUGAAAACGAAUUUCAAGAAAUGGUCAGAUAUAAUUCUCACUCCAACAAUGACGAACCGAAUCGCAAAGAAGAUACAAAUACUUGGAAUCAACUUUUUGAACCCGAAGUUAUAAGACCUUUUCGUUUGAUGAUGAUAUAUUUCUUCUUCAUGAAUUUAGUGUCUGGAUUACCAUUAUUGCCCUAUUUAGUAUCAAUACUUAGCACAUUUGGCGCACCCGUUAACAUUGAAUGGACAAUAUCAUUAUCCAUGGCUCUCUCUGUAAUAGGAAGUUUAACGGCAGUUUUUUUAAUACGUAAAUUAGGCAAACGAUUUCUCACGUUAUUUACGUUAUCUAUUUGCUCCAUUUGCUACAUAACUAUUGGAUUAAUCGGUGUUUAUUGGAAAAAUUCAGAAUCAAUAACCUCUUGGAUAGUAUUAGUACUUUUUCUCAAUACCAUUUUAAUAUCAUCAGUUGGAAUAACGCCUGUUUCGUGGACCCUUGUCACCGAAAUAUUUCCUGCAAAGAGUAGAAAUAUUUUAUGCAGUAUUUGUACAGGUUUCUGUUUUGUCAUUACUUUUUUCAUGGCAAAAUACUACCCGGAGUUGUCAAUAUUAGUGGAAUUUUAUAAUGUAUUUACUAUAGUUGGAACUGUUGGUUUAUUUGGUUGUAUAUAUUUUUACUUUUGUCUACCAGAAACUGAAAACAAAACCCUACAAGAAAUUACGGAGUUUUUCAAAUAGAAUCAAACACUCAACCAUUAUAUUGUUUUUUUCGUUAUUAAUGUUUGGUGAGCAUUGUACACCAAAAUAUCUAUCCUUCCAUCAACGAGCAUUCAGCUCUUGAAUUAUAUUAAGCAUAAAAGCUAGAACAACAUUUUAAAUUAGUAUAAGAAAGACUUUUAAACCUUCAUUAGUUCGAUCAUAUUAAUGUUAUGAUAAAUCAGGACAGAAUUGUUAAUUUGAGAUGACAUUUUUUUUAACUUAAUAAAAAAUAACUAUAUCAUCUUACGAUAAAAAUUCAUAUAUUGCUAUUGAAAUAACAAUAUUCAAAGUCUUUUGGUCAUUGGGCUCCGAUUAUUCAUAAUAUUGACAUGGAAAAGUAUAAACAAGUAUAACUUAAUAAUA